AUGCCACUGAAGCCGAACACCGUGCCACGUCCGAGUGUGAAGAACCCCACGUACUUAAAAGCUAUCGAGAAGAAUUGCGUCGAUGCCGUUAAGGGGCUUGCCGCUUCGAUUGAGAAUCUUGUCUCUGCGUUUGAUUCUCGUGUUGACACGGUCGGGAUACGUGUCUUUGGGCUGGAGCGUGCUGCUACUGCUUCGAUCAUGCAGCGCUCUUCUGAGAUCAAGCGCAUGCUAGACUCUGGUCUCGGUGUUCUCGCAAUGAGCUGA